AUGGCUCCAAUGGCAGACCCCCAGCCUGUCCAGGUGCAGCCACCACCUCCGACGCAUCCCACUCUGAUAAAGGUCAUCAGAAGUAACAAGCCGUUCGGUUCCGGCGCCGUAUCUCUCGUCGACCUUCCCGCUGGCGCACUCUUCGCCAAGAUCACCGAAGCAACACCGGGAACCAAGGCCUAUACAUCCGUCCAGACCGGUCCGGAUACCCAUAUCGAAUUGAACUCCGACCUGGUUUUCUGUAACCACUCCUGUGCGCCGUCUCUCAAUUUCGAUAUGGGAAAGAUGGAGGUUAGAGUGGUUGACAACAAGCCGCUCAAGACCGGUGAUGCCUUGACCUUUUUCUAUCCGAGCACCGAGUGGGAUAUGGAUCAACCGUUCAACUGCAACUGCGGGGCAGGGGAAGGCAUCUGUCGCGGCUGGAUUUCGGGGGCAAAGACAAUGUCCAAGGAGGAAUUGAGCGGAUACUGGUUAAACGACCACAUUGUCGAGUUGCUCAAGAAGCGAGACGGUUGA